AUGGCAGCGACACUUAUGCUGUUUACCUGCUAUUGUGCAUUCAUACUCGCAAUCACCUUUCGAAGUUCUGACCGAAACCUCUUCAGCGAAGAGGCCAUUCACGUAACUUUAAUUUUUAUUCAACUAUCUGAAGUCUUCUACAUCCUCACUACGACAUUCCUCAAAGUCUCGCUGGGACUUUUCUUCCUUAGGGUUCUUACCGAGAAAUGGCAAAAGCUCAUAUUUCAUGUCAUCCUCGCCAUCAGUGCGACGUAUGGCCUCUACUACGUCUUCAUCGCUCUUUUUCAGUGCGGCGACCCAACACGCCUCGCCGACAGUCUGCUAUCACCGUCUUCCCCUAAUUGCCUGCCGUCUGCUCUUCUUCUUACCUCGGGCUACCUCUACGGCGUCAUCAAUGUCAUCGCUGAUUGGACAUUUGUCCUGAUCCCUAUCACCGUUCUACUGGACAGCGACCUCGACCGAAGAAGCAAGAUCAGUGUUAGUAUCGUCAUGGCGCUUGGUGCAGUAGGUAGCGUGAGCUCGAUCUUCCGGAUGGUCUACUUGAAGGGACUGGGCUUACAUGCAGGCGGUCUACGAGCUGAAUCUGUAAAAGCAACAAUCUGGGCAACUGCUGAACCGGGCACUGGCAUCAUCGCAGCCUCAAUCGCUAUUCUUCGCCCUCUUUUUCGCCAGAUAGCUUCUGACGUCCGAUCAAAAGCGUCUCACUACUCACACUCACGCAAGGGGUCUCAACAAUCCGAUGAUACCAUCGCGCUGACGAUUCAGGAAUCUGCUGCUCAAGCGAUGAAGAACAAGAGACAUAGCAUGUACAGAGUGAGUGAGGAUCUCGUCGAUCCUUGGAGUCCGACCAUUGUUGCGACGGCGGAUGUGCAAAGAAUGGUUGUAGUGAAAGGGAGAAUGAGUCCUGUCCCAACAGUGACAACGAAGGCGAGGGAGAUUGACAUAGUGUGA